GAGGAUCACUCACAGACACAGGAGUCCACGGAGCCACAGUGAAACAGCAGUCGGUGAAACAGCAGUCGGUGGUGAAACAGCAGUCGGUGAAACAGCAGUCGGUGAAACAGCAGUCAGCGAAACAGCAGUCAGUGAAGCGCUUUGUUGCAUCAGCAUGGUCAUCUCAGUAUUCCCAUACUGCUGGACCCUGUGCCUGAUCCAGCUGGCUACAGGACUGGUUCAUGGAAACAUUCGUCUAGAGGACUCCCAUCCCAGCCUCAGACACACCGAGGACUCCUUCCUUUCAGAUAUCGGUAAAGGCUCUCUCUCUAGAGGGGAUCCUGUUGGUUUCCGCUCAGAGUCUGAGCAGGAAGAGGAGGAGCUUCUGAUGGCCAUGGAAUCCUACGAUGAGGAUGUUGCUGAGGCGGUGCAGCUGCAGAGCAGAGCCAUGCGUUCUCCCCGUCGCUGUAUCCCCCACCAGCAGUCCUGUCUGGGUAACACGCUGCCCUGCUGCGACCCCUGUGAUACCCGUUACCCUCGAAUGUUUGGGUCAAUCUGCUACUGCCGUCGGACGGCCUGCACGGGAGCUCACAGGCGCCCCUAACACUCCUAGCAACCCUCUACGGCCCCUCCUCUCACGGUGGGCCCUCUUCUCUGCCAGUCUACAGUCAGUAUCUAAUCCAUAUCCGCAAGGCCUGAUUUUACGAGCACGCAAACACAGACUCUAUACAUCCCAGGAUGCAUCUCCAUGAGGUGGGGCCUAUAGGAUACUUGUUACGUUGUAUUUUCUUCUUGAUGUUAUCUCUGGUUGUGUUAUUUUGUAUUUUUUUUCGAUAGGUUAGAUGGAUGUUACGUUGGGUGUACAUUUAUCGUUCAAUGAAAGUCAAAAGACAAAUCAAUCUCUAAACAAGGCAAUAUAAUUGUCCAAAAAA